CCCAUAGACUCACACAGAGACGCAUAGACUCACCACACAUAGACCCACAGACUCACUCACAAAGAGACCCACAGACUCAUCACACAGAGAUCCAUACACUCACUCACACAGAGACUCAUAGACUCACUCACACAGAGACCCAUAGACUCACUCACACAAAGACCCAUAGACUAACUCAGAGACCCAUAGACUCACCACACAGAGACCCACAGACUCACUCACACAGAGACCCACAGACUCACCACACAGAGACCCACAGACUCACUCACACAGAGACCCACAGACUCAUCACACAGAGAUCCAUACACUCACUCACACAGAGACUCAUAGACUCACUCACACAGAGACCCAUAGACUCACUCACACAAAGACCCAUAGACUCACACAGAGACCCAUAGACUCACCACACAGAGACCCACAGACUCACUCACACAGAGACCCACAGACUCAUCACACAGAGAUCCAUACACUCACUCACACAGAGACUCAUAGACUCACUCACACAGAGACCCAUAGACUCACUCACACAGAGACCCAUAGACUCACUCACACAGAGACCCAUAGACUCACUCACACAGAGAUCCAUACACUCACUCACACAGAGACUCAUAGACUCACUCACACAGAGACCCAUAGAUUAACUCACACAGAGACCCAUUGAGACUCACACAGAAGUUGGAAUCGAUAAUCGAUUCCGGAGCCCACUUUUCCUCAAGCGAAUCGGUAAUCGAUUCUCGCCCUACGACUUUCCCACCCAUCCGUCGCAAGCCGUUCCCGGUUGGCACGUGAAGGCUUUAGCAAAACUCCGUGCAUCGCAGGGAUUCCGGAUAUCGGGGAGUCGGCGUUCAAGUCAUCCGGAUAUCGGGGGUGGGGUGGGGGGAGGAGCAUUUCACUCAUCCGCCGUCCCCUGACUCCACUGAACCGUGCAGCCUUAAGAGACCGUAGGAGCAAGUGCUGUUAGAUAGCACCAACGUUCUCUGCAAACACACACGGACGCACAAACACACGUACGCACACGCUCACGUGCAAAGACAAGCCCACCCGCGUACGCACGCGUACACAAGUACACACACGCACGCAAACGCACAAUCAACAACAACAACCGCCAUUCGCCACUAAGUGGCGGUGACGUCACCACGACGCUUUUCCCAGGCCAUGUGCACCUUGAGGCCAUGUGAAGUGUCGAAAGCCCGCUGGCAGGAGGUCACGGGGCAGACCCAGCAGGUGCCACGGGUCGACUGACCGAGAUGACCGAGAUGACUGGCUGAUGCACCACCUGUGCCCCCUACUGUACCAACUUGCGCUUUAGCAACCCGGCGCUCCGCUCGUUGUUGUGAGCGUCGCUCCUCCGCCCUCCGUUGUUGCUGGAGGGCGACUGCCUCCAACUGCCCAGUAGCAGCGUCCUUCACGAGCCUCCUCCACAGAGGCCGAUCUUGACACCGCUGGUACCGGUCAUCGGCAAGUCCACUCAGUUCCACGUCCUCCUGUACCACAUCACUCCAAACACACGCGCGCACACAAACACUCACACACGUACCCAAGGACGCACACACGCACACACGGACCCAAGUACGCACACACGCACGCACGCACGCAGCCACCCCGGGGCCCCGCAUGGCUGCCAGGGUGUGCUCCCCGUGCCUCUCGGCCGUGGCGGGCCGUGGUUGGGCCUUGCUGACUCUGCGUGCCGCCCCCCUCGGCGUGCCCCACAAGGCCCUGUGCGAGACGGCGAAGGCCCGGGGCCAGAGGCACAGGCGGGAGAGGAGGCAGAUGACGGAGAAGCAGCUGGCGCGCUGGUUUGUGGACGAGCGAGUGGUGCAAGUCUCGGGGGGCCGCGGGGGCGACGGGAUGUGCGCCUUCCACAGCGAGCCUCGCAAGGAGUUUGGGGGUCCCGACGGUGGCAACGGGGGAAGGGGGGGCGACGUCAUCAUGGUCGCGGACAGAAUGGUUCGCUCCCUGUCUGGGGUGUCCCGUCUCUACCGCGGACACGAUGGGACUUCGGGUGGCUCGGACAAAUGCUUCGGACGCAACGGCAAAGACAAAUUCCUCCACGUGCCGGUGGGCACGGUGGUACGUGAGGCGGGCUCCUUGGUGGCCGACCUCAGCGAGCAGGGCGAGGAGGUGGUGGUGGCGCGGGGGGGGGUCGGGGGGCGCGGCAACCACAGCUUCCUCACCAACGACAACCGGGCACCCACCACCACGGAGAAGGGAACGGAGGGAGAAGAGAGGACCCUGAAACUGGAAAUCAGAACCAUGGCUCACUUUGGCCUGGUGGGUUUCCCGAAUGCUGGGAAGUCGUCCCUGCUGAGGGCGCUGACCAACGCUCGCCCGGCCGUGGGCGACUACCCCUUCACCACGCUCCACCCGCACGUCGGCAUCGUGGAAUACCGCGACUACACGCAGAUCGCCGUGGCCGACAUCCCCGGCAUCGUGGUGGGUGCGCACGCGGGACGCGGCCUGGGCCUCUCCUUCCUGCGCCACGUGGAGCGUUGCCGCGCGCUGCUCUACGUCGUGGACCUGUGCGGCGCCGCCGCCCCCGCCCGCCGCCUCUCCGAGCUGCGGCGCGAGCUGCUCCUCCACGACCCCUGGCUGGCGCUGGCGCCGCACGCCGUCGUAGGCGCCAAGCUCGACCUGCCGGGGGCACGGGAGGCGCUGGCGCGGCUACGCGACGAGCUGGCGGCGGCGGCGGAGGAGGGCGGUGGCGUAGGAACGGAAGCCGCCGCCGUGGUCGUCCUCGGCGUGUCGGCGAAGACCGGCGAGAACGUGGGGAGCCUGGCGGCGCUGCUGAGGCGGGAGUUUGACGGCGCGGAGGAGAAGGAGGAGUAGCGGCAGGGGUGGGUGGGCACGCCGCGUGGACAUGACGACACCCACCCCCCCACCCCCACCACCCCCGUGUAGCUGUAACAGGCUGUAGGGGCAAGUGCUGUUAGCGAGUAGCAGCUGUGAAGGUCGGCACUGUGGCACGCGAGGGGGGUGGGUGGUCAGCACCACGCCCCGGUCGCCUUUGUCUCCCCAGUGCCGAUGUUUACUACACGCCGCACGCACACCUACGCACGCACACCUACGCACGCACACCUACGCACGCACACCUACGCACGCACACCUACGCAUGCACACCUACGCACGCACACC